UGGUUUGCUUUGCACCGACAGACUGGAACUCAACACGCAGCACACAGUAGUUUGUAAUAAGAGGCCACCAUGUCUAUUUGUUAUCUGUUUGGUUUAUUAUUGACAAUCCUGUUAAUUCAAGGCUGUUGGGGUGGAGAAGAAACCAAGAAUGUUAGUUGUGCAAGCCUCCGAACUGGAAAUGCUUUCAAAUACUGUGUAAAGGAGAAGGAGAAACCUAAACGUGUGGAGUGGCAAUCAGUGAUUUCCAAUAAGACGUCUACGUGGCUUGCUUCGUGGCUCUGUCAACACAAAAACACUACACAGGCACCCAAUGUGAUUGAUGUCAGCUACUCCUGCAUCACCCUCCUGGACUGUGUCAAUGUAGACCACACUGCCAUAAGUGAUCGGUCUGAGCAUUUGACCCAUUUCAAUGUGUCUGGUGCAUCAGAUGAGUCAAAGAAGCCUUUGGAGAAAGAGCCUGACAGUCAGAAUACAACUGCAGAUGGAGACCAUCCUGAUACAAACCGUGGUGACACUAGUUUGUCCUGGAAAAUCAUUGUUGGUGUUGUUGCUCUCUUGCUGGUCAUUGCUGGUCUGCUCUUAGUGGUUUUUUGUGUGUAUAAAUCUUGGAGAGACAAACAGUACAACCAAGGCCACAGAGAUGUGGAAGCGGGUCAGGGCAUUCCAGAACCAAACUCCAUUCCUCUGAUGCAGAAUGAGCAACGUGAUGCCAGUGACCAAGGAGGUGAGCCAGGAGAGGAGAGCAGGCAGCCCAUGGACAAUGAAGAGACAGGCACUGACAACCCUCUGCUGAAUGGAGAUGCCAGUGGCCAAGAAGAGGAAGGUGUUCUAGGAAUGGAGGAUGGAAAGCUGUCAGACAAUGACCGAGCAGACACUGAAAUCUGUCAGAAGACACAUGCUGAUUCCCAUCCACUGAAUGUACACAAGGUUGUCAGGGUUAACAGCCAGACUGAUGACCCACAGCUUCUGGGUCAACCUCAGAGCAAUGGACAUGUGCCAUAUAGAAGGGAAUCACACCUGACCAAUGGGGCUCCAGGUCAGGGUGCUGGUGAGACUUCACCCCUCCUCUGCAGAAGCCCAGGAGAGGAAGGCGUGCUAGAAGGGCAGGACAGGAAGUCAGCAGACAGUGGGGGAACAGACCCUGAAUCCUGUCAGAAGACACAUGCUGAACCCCCUCUAGUGAAUGGACACCAAGAUGUCAGGGUUAACGAUGAGACUAAGGAAGCGACUCCUGGUGCACAGAGUCCAGGACCUCCUCAGAUGAAUGGAGGUCCUCCCAUGUCUAACAGAGCUGCAGAGGAGACCACUGCUCUAUUGGACAAACAGGCCUUGGACAAGGACCAAGUCACCAAACCUCCCGAGUUAAUAGACCAAGGACCUAAUGACAUGGAGUCAAGAGGAGAACUGUAACAAACGGUGGACGUUUGUAUAACAAAAGAAAACCUCAGAAGAUAAGAUACAGUAAUAUAUGAUAUACAGUACUUAUGAUAAGAUACAGUAAUAUAUGAUAUACAGUACUUAUGAUAAGAUACAGUAAUAUAUGAUAUACAGUACUUAUGAUAAGAUACACAUAUGUGACUAGCUUCAUCAUCGUCAGUCAUGUCAACCUCAAGACACAUUCUGAGCAGUGUGUUUUACUGCACAUUGAUUUUCAGAAACCUCAACAGUUUAUUAAGUUAAUUCUCUAUGUGACAGCUAUAAUCUGGAUAGGUUAGGAAACGUGUUUAAGUGAAAUCAGUUGAAAUUCCAAAACAGCCCAUUACUUGUAGAUAACUAAAAUGAGAAAAUGAUUAUAAUCUGAAAAUGAGUGUGACUUAUGACUGAUUAUGAUACAGCAUGUCACAUAUUAGAUAUACAACAUUAUAAUGAUAUGAAAGGAUAGUAAGAUCAUACUUACACUAGUAUUGUAUACUAUACAUACAAGCAAAUAUAAAUGACAUACUCAUGAGAAGAUGCAUAAAACAUAAACCUCUUUAGUAGAGACAUUUCCAAGAUCAUGAGGUCUCAAUGUCUUGUGGACAUGUCAAAUAGCUAAACAUUGACCGGGCGUUAUUUCCGCUAUAUAUACACAAAUGUAUGUGGACAGUCGCAAUCGUCCAUCCUCGGUUGCAACACACACUACAGAGUUCCAAACUGCCUCUGCAAGCAUCGUCAGCACAACUGUUCAUCGGGAGCUUCAUGAAAUG